AUGUCCGCCAUGCUCCUCCAGGGCCAUUUCCGCGGCGAUGCCUAUGGCCCCUAUGUGGCGCAGCUCUACAAGCCCGUGCAAGGCUCCACAGCGAUCCCGGGCCCCUAUGCGCAGCAGAUGAUGGCCCAAGCCCCCUACGUGUCCCCAGGCCACUAUGCCGCGAGGGCCGUGGAGCCGGGGGGCAGGAGGUCCGAAGACAAGGAGGCGUGCAACGAUCCGGAAGCAGCCUGUGACGAGGACAAGUUCGGACAGGAGAGCAAAGGCCCUGAGCAGUCGGACUGUUGGAAGCCUGUCUUGCCCCUGACGCUCAGCGUCUCAACGAUUCUGGGCGGCGUGGCGGUGAUGAUGGUGCAGGUUCCCAUGUUAGCCGAGCUGACCGGGUGGCCCUGGAUGACCUUCAGCUUGAUCGCCCUGGCCCUCUAUGGCGUGACCUUGCUGUGCAUGCUCUGGGUGGCGAGGGCUGAUCCAGGCCAGGUGUCCAUGAAGCAGGGCGAGGAGGGCCAAGGGGGUGAGCUGCCCAAGCGCACCCACAAGUCCUGGCUGUAUCCUGAGCCGAUCCGGCGCUAUGACCACUACUGCAAGUGGCUCCAGAACGUCGUUGGCCUGCUGAACCACCGAGACUCGGUAGGCGAGUUCUUCAUGAUGUUGAUUGGCCUGACCCUCAUUGCCGUGCUGGGGGUCAUCAUCGAUCCGUGCCUCGCGGUCUUGGCCUAUGAAGGCACCAUCUUCAUGGUCCAUGUUGGGCUCAUCUCAAGGAACGAGACUGCCCAGGUGGUGCACAACACCUCCAAGGGGGACAAUGUGCCCGCGGAGGACUUGUCGGACUCGGACGAGUACAAUGAGCACUUCGACAAGGGAGCCUUCAUCUACUCGAACUGCUUCAACUUCUGGUGCCAGCCCCGAUGGCCCGCCGGUGUGAAGGGCGACUUCUGCUUCAUGUUUUGGGUGGGCUGGGGUAGCCAGAUGGUCCUUGUAGUCAACUUCCGCAUGGACAACUCCGUGAAGUCUCCCCGAGAGCUGAAAGAAGCUGCAAGCCCCCUCCUGGAGCAGGACAUCAAGAAAGAAGGCCGGCCAGGCACCCCCGCGACGCCCAGGCCUUGCGCUGUUGACGGAUGGCUGUAG